CCGGGUGGGGUCGGGAGGCCCCGGGCACCUGCUUGGGCCAGGCGCGCGCCCUGGAGGGGCCAACCCUACUCGGCCCUGGAGUCCGGACGCUGUUCGCGGGGCUGAGGGUCCCGCUCGACCAGCUGCCCCCGGGCUCUCCAGCCUCCGCCCCGGGCGUCUUGGGAUCCCCUGCUUCCGGGCCCCUUGGCUCCAGGGGCGCUCUCUUUUUGUAUGAGGAGGCCGAAUAGUUAAAUCCCCUGGAGACCUGGGCCGGGCCAUGGGGUCGGCCCUGCUGGUGGCCUCCACUGAACCCCUGCCCCACGCCUCCGCCUUUCUCCAGGUAAACAGGCGGCGACGCGACGUGCUUGGCCCUGGACGACUCCAUGGUCACUCUCACCCUCAGACGGUCCUGCUUUUACAGUGGGCUGGGCUGGCCUGGGGGUGUAAACAGUGUCCUUCUAGGCUAGAUGGCUGUGCCUUAGGGCGUCAUUAGGCUGGGAGUCUCGGUCUUGAGGCUUUCAGCAUGUCUCUUCCAUGCUGGGCCUCAGUUUCCCCAUCUGAUCAGUAAGAGUUUUAGAUUAGUUCUCUAAAGACUCCUUCAGCUCUGCCAUUCUCCGUAUGUCUGAAAUUGGAAGGGCUGUCCCUGGUUCGAGAUAUUGGACCGUUUCACUGAAGACUUUUUGCAAAUAUGGACUUUUUAGCCACUUAAUACAAUUGGUUUCACACAGGCUUUAAAAUGAAUCAAGAAUCGUCUCUAAACCUUUCCUUGUCGUAACUCUUCCUUUGCUUUUGUUCCUAGUAGUAGUCAGUCCCAUCCUGCAGAGUUUUUGCAUGUAAAAAUUUUUUUGUUGUUUAUAUUUGCCUAUUUUCUCUUUGUUCCCAGUCAGGCCCUCUUUGCUUCACAUCUGGAUUAUUGCAACAGCUUCUUAGCUGGUCUCUGACUUCAGAAGUUCCCCCCACCACCUCCCCCAUCCUUCCUUUAUGCUAAUGCCAAACUUAAUAUAGGAAGUCAAAAAAAGAGUUGAGUGUUUGCUUGCUUAUUAAAUGUCAAGAUGCUGUUCCAUGUGGUGGGGGGAAGAAGUAGAAGGCACACUUGCAGCCUCCGAGCGGUUUACCCUGGUGCUAAGACUUUACCUGGGAAAAGGUAAUUGGUUGAUAAGACAAGCCUGUGUGCUUUAGAAUUAAGUGGGAGGCGAGAUGGAGAGGUCACUGUAGGCCAAGUGGUCAGGGAGGGCUUAGUGACGGGGGUGGGGUUUCAGCUGGCUGCUAAAGGAUGAGUAGGAUUCAGAUAGGAAAAGAAGAAUCAGGCCCAGUGAUCUUAUGGAGUUAGUGAAUAGACCAGUCUCCCGGUAGAGAAGGGUGCGUAAAGGAAGGGAACAAGAGGAUAGAUUGGUUGGGCUAGUUCCUGAAAGAACUUGAACACUAGGCCAAAGUUGAAACUGUUCUAAAGGCAGAGGUGAGCGGCAGGAGAUUAGGGGUGGUUCAUGAUCUUUUGCAGGAGGGGGAGGGAGAGAGGGCUGGGAGAUCCGCUGAAAGGCCCUGCAGCAUUUAUACCACUCUUCAAAGCUGCGUAGGUCCUCGGCCUGCCACCUCGCCCACCCUGCCAUUUUAGGGCUCCCCUUGGUUUGGCCUCUCCUCGCCUACCUGGACCUUAUUCCCUGCUUCUCCUUCUCCCGGUCUGUCUCCUGCAGAAGUGAGUUUAUGACUGCCUCUACGGCUUUGCUUCUCUUCCCCCUUCUGAAGUACUGGCCUCCUUUUUCUUCUCCUCUGUGUAAAUUCUCCAUUUCACUUCCUUCAAGCCCCUGCUGAAGAUAUACUUCCUCCAGAGGGUGUUCCUUGACUGCCCUACCCCCAUGCCUUUGUGGCAUUCAGAAUCUAAAGCACAGGAUUCAGCACUUGUUCUCUGGUUAUUGAACUUGCUCUUGUUCCGACUGGAGUGGGCGUUUUUGAGGGCAUUAUGUCUUAAUACUUCUCUCGAAACCCUUGUAAUAUCUAAUACUGUAGCUGGACUUUUAUAAUAGAUACUCAAAUACUUCCUGAUUUUUGUUGGUAAAUGACUUCUUAAGAAAAAAAAGGAAAUGCCUCCCCUUUUUAAAGGAGAAUCUUUUAUUACCAGUUUUCUCUGUCAUAUAUCAUUUAUGUCUAAUGCUGCCAUUCAAGGUGGAUGUGUUCAGCUUUCAUUCUCUGCGUGCAGAUAACGUAAAGCGAAUCUUUGAAACAUUAAAACGUUUAUUUACUCUGGAUUAUGGGAAAAGAAAAAGUCGCAACUCUUCAGUUGGAGACUUGGGGAAGGAACAUCAGCUUCGGAAUCAGACGCGUCUGGGUUUGAAUCCCAGGAAGGCUGCUUACUAGCCAAGUGAACUUGAACCAUUUAUACAAUGUCUCUGGGCCUCUGUUUUCUCAUCUGUAGUGUGGGGGUAAUAUAAUCCCUUUUGUAGGAUGCUAGGAGUUUUAAAGUGAAGAAAAGUAUAUGAAGGAGGUAACAAAGUUUAUAGCACCGAGUAACUGCUUAAUGCAUUUUCAUCAUCAUCAUGAUUAUUAUUAGGUGUAAAUUUAUCAAGGCGGAGAAAUGAUAGGCUGCUGAACCUCAUUGUAGCUCCCGAGACUUUUCUACGUGCCUCUGGAUCCUGCUUCUACCUUCCUCCUGUCAAAAAUUUGACAAACUGCUGAAUAUAGCUUAGUGAUGGACAUCAACUGAAGGCAGUUUAAUUUCGAAUAGUUAUUUUCUGGUUGUAUUGAUGGCGUGGAAAACCUCCUGGAUGAAAGCAAUUCAAGAUUGCACUUCAUGUCAGUAGAAAUGGACAGCAGCAGUUUUAUUCAGUUUGAUGUGCCCGAGUACAGCAGCACCGUUCUGAGCCAGCUAAACGAACUCCGCCUGCAAGGGAAACUAUGCGACAUCAUUGUCCACAUUCAGGGUCAGCCAUUCCGAGCCCACAAAGCGGUCCUCGCGGCCAGCUCCCCCUAUUUCCGGGACCAUUCAGCACUAAGUACCAUGAGUGGCUUGUCAAUAUCAGUGAUUAAAAACCCCAAUGUGUUUGAACAGUUGCUUUCAUUUUGUUACACUGGAAGAAUGUCCUUGCAGCUGAAGGAUGUUGUCAGUUUUCUGACUGCAGCCAGCUUCCUUCAGAUGCAGUGUGUCAUUGACAAGUGCACGCAGAUCCUAGAGAGCAUCCAUUCAAAAAUCAGUGUUGGAGACGUGGACUCUGUGACCGUCGGUGCUGAAGAGACUCCAGAGAGUCGGAACGGAGUUAAAGACAGCAGCUUCUUUGCCAACCCGGUUGAGAUCUCCCCUCCAUACUGCUCUCAGGUACGGCAGCCCACCGCAAGCAGUGACCUCCGGAUGGAGACUACGCCCAGCAAAGCUUUGCGCAGCCGUUUACAGGAGGAAGGGCACUCGGACCGAGGGAGCAGUGGGAGCGUCUCUGAGUAUGAGAUCCAGAUAGAGGGGGACCAUGAGCAAGGGGACCUGCUGGUGAGGGAGAGCCAGAUCACCGAGGUCAAAGUGAAGAUGGAGAAGUCCGACCGGCCCAGCUGUUCCGACAGCUCCUCCCUGGGAGACGAUGGGUACCACACCGAGAUGGUUGAUGGGGAACAAGUCGUGGCGGUGAACGUGGGUUCCUAUGGUUCUGUGCUCCAGCACGCGUAUUCCUACUCCCAGGCAGCUUCGCAGCCAGCCAGCGUAUCCGAAGCUUUUGGAGGAUUGAGUAAUUCCAGCCCAUCCAGAUCCAUGCUGAGCUGUUUCCGAGGAGGCCGUGCCCGCCAGAAGCGGGCCCUAUCUGUCCAUCUGCACAGCGACCUGCAGGGCCUGGUCCAGGGUUCCGACGGCGAAGCUAUGAUGAAUAACCCGGGCUUUGAGAGCAGUCCCCGGGAGAGGAGUGCAAGAGGUCACUGGUACCCGUACAACGAGAGGUUGAUCUGUAUUUACUGUGGAAAGUCCUUCAACCAGAAGGGAAGCCUUGACAGGCACAUGCGACUCCAUAUGGGCAUCACCCCCUUUGUGUGCAAGUUCUGCGGGAAGAAGUACACUCGGAAGGACCAGCUGGAGUACCACAUCCGGGGCCAUACCGACGACAAGCCAUUCCGCUGCGAGAUCUGCGGGAAGUGCUUCCCGUUCCAAGGCACCCUCAACCAGCACCUGCGGAAAAACCACCCCGGCGUCGCCGAAGUCAGGAGUCGCAUGGAGUCCCCCGAGAGAACAGAUGUGUACGUGGAACAGAAACUAGAAAACGAUGCAUCGGCCUCAGAGAUGGCCCUAGAUUCCCGGAUGGAAAUUCACACGGUGUCGGAUGCUCCUGACUAAGAUGGUAAAGACGUGCACCCACACAAAGCACAUUAAUCAAUGCCUAUUUGUGAUUUGCUUUGUUGUAACCUUUGGUUGUCCCAGCCAUCUGGAAAUCUCCUGGUCUCUUGGCAGUUUUUCUGAGGUUUCUGGAAGGAACACCUCAUUGUGUUUCUCCUUUCCCCUGCCCUCCCUCCCCCAAGCAGUUCAAAGCAUGAAGGGCAACGUAUCCAGGGAAAACAGGGCUGACAGUAUUCCUCUUUGGCUGAACUCUUCAUCCAGAAUCUGCCAGUGAUUUAGCUAUGCCAACUGGUUGACCCUCCGUUCUCUGCCAAGGGGCACACGCUCUCAUUGUGCACUGGCAGCAGUGCGUUUCCAUGGAGGGAGACAGGGGUACCGUCAGCUGAUACAAAUGGGUAACCUUUUCUAAUUUAAAGUUACUUUUAGGGGGUAGUUAGACGAUUUAUAUAUAUAUAUAAUAAAGCGAUUAUUAUAUAUAUAGUAUAUAUACAUUCUCAAAUUUGAUUUUAUUCUGGUUGAGGUGAAUGUAAGAAGAAUAUAUAAUUUAAUACAAUGUGAACAGGGCUUUUGACUCUGUCUCGUCCCUACCUAUGUUAGGGUUUUACCCCUUUAUUUCCCUUUCGAAAGAAUGUUAGUAAGUUUUCAUAUAUAUUACUCAUUGUGUCCAAAAGCAAGCAAAGCAAAUCACAGUGUUCACAGCUCUGCUUCAUGACAAACACAUAAACCAAAUGCCAUAAAAUGUACUCAACUCUGGUUGGAAACCAUUUGGAAUUUUUGUUAGUUGUCCAGUAGGGAAGCUGGACAAGCCGUGGUGCUGACCUUUUUACAUAUUGUAGUGUUAUAUUAGCCAACCCCAAAGGAGCAGUGGUUUUCAAUGUUUUUACUGGGCCUACAAAUAAAUCUACCUUCAUUCCGUACUGUAGAAACAUACAUACCAGGUAACUAAAUCUGAAUCACUCUCUACCGUGAGUUAGCGCUCACACUAAAGGAAAGGGAUUUGUAGUUCUGUCUACAAAAUUCUCCAAACAGUGUUGUGGGUUUUUUUGGGUUUUUCUUUCUUUCUUUCUUUCUCUUUUCACACAGCCAGUUCAGGUGCACAGCAACUUUUUCUACAUGCAGUUCCCAGGGAAACUGCAGAACUUGGAAUUUGUACUUUUUGUAAAGAUAUACUCUACGGGAAUUGCAAGCAAUAUAUCUAUCUUAGUAUUGUGUGUGCUGACGAGAGCCUCCGUGGCUCCCCCACUCUCAGUGUUUCCUGCUUCAAGAAACCAACAGUCAAAAAGCCCUCUAAGAUACUCUGUGUGUCACCAAAUCUCUGUGUGUCACCAUUUUUUGGGUCACGUGGUGCUAUUUUUUAUGUUCUGUAUCUCUUAGGUCAGUAUAGUUGUAGAAAAUGUGAAAUCUAACGGUAAAAGUGAAUUACAGCUUUUUUCCUCUCGAGUUUAUAGCUUGAAAAAAGACCUCAAAAGCAUGUGCUGGCAAACACAUUACUGUAUAAAAACAUACUCCAGUCCUGUUUGGGGAAGGUUUUAUUAGUACUUUAGGAAGUGUCUUCAGUUUUAUCUUUUGUUCACCCGUGUGCUUCUGGUAUACAAAACGGGCUUUUUAUAAGAUUGCUUUGGUACUGUAUACUCCGACAGAGUAAUUUUUAGAAGCAAUUUGGCGGUGGGUUUGUGCUGCAGGCCGCGGGGGGAGAUGUCUGCGCUCCAGACUCUUCCGCUGGAGAACCUUGGUCCUAAAACUCAGAACCAGUGCGUCUCCACAGAAGGGCACAGACCACCUAAGAGAAAGACGAAAGCAAAAAGCCCCACCUCAGGCUAGGCGUUAAAGAAUACGAAACUAGAUGUUUGCUGGUUUUCCACAUGCUUUUUUGGCUCUUAAAAUACCAAGAAUGGAGUUGGGGUGGAGGGUGUUUGGGGAUUUUUUGCUUUGUUUGUGUUUUGGGGGAAAAAAUCAUGCAGGCCCCCGUGCGGGAUCACCCCCCACGCCACCCCCGCCCCGGGGCGGUAGCCGCGCAGCAGUAGCGUCUCGAGCACAUGGGAUCUGUCCACGCGUGGACUGCCGCGCUCCACGUCAGUGUUACUGCGUCCAGACACGCAAAUUCUGCUGCUCCGAGGAGCGGCUUUUGCUAAUCGGGUAUAGAGUAUGCCUUUUCCUGUCAGACUGCCUAAGUAAGGGGUCUGUUCUCUCCCUGAAGCACUUGCUCCACUCCUGUCAAAGCCGUGUGCCUCAGGGGGAGGCUGGACCCCAAGUGUUUACCCACUUAAAUAUGUUCUGGGGUUUCAGGUAAAUGUUUGUGAUGAUUUUUUUUUUUCCUUACAUGAAUAAGUUUGGUUUUGAUUUUUUUUUUUUUCAAAGAAUUAAAUGCAAAAAAUUUGUAUUGUGAUACACAUGAAGUUUGUGACAAGAAAUGCCCAGAUCAAGGACAGAAGAGGUCAGGCUCAGGGAAGGACCUCCUUUUCACUCAGGCUGGGGGCCUUCCGAGAGGUCUCCAGAGCAUCCUCUAAUAAGUGAGACGAGUUCGGAGGGGAGGCCCUUGGGGCAAGCACCUUGAAUGUCCUGGUUCUUGUCACUGUGUCAGUCUUAACCUUCCUUACAUGGAGUUCUUUGUACUUGUAAAUUUGUUUUAACUGGUUUGAGUUUACCAAAGAGUGACUUAUCCAAAAUUGUCUUUGACAAAAAUAGACAUUGCUUUGAUUGUACAGUUCAGGUUCAGACAUUGUAAUGGGACUGUUAUAAGGGGCAGAAAAUUGAUUGAGUUUCUCUCUAACGAUCAUGAGUCCACAUCUUGCAAGUUCCACUUGCUCCCAUUCAUGUUGCUAACACUUUACCCUUUCCACUGCUAGCAGUGUUAAGAAAGAAUUCUCAAGCCAUAACACAGUACUGUAAGGUUCCACAGGGCUUCGAGGGAGGCAGCACGCGAAGCAGCACAGGGCCGGGCGGCCUCUCUGAGCCCGCGCGCCGGCGUGCUUCUCCGUGUGCACGGCGAGCGAGAGGUUAACUCCAUUCACAUCAGGCAGCAGCACCUAAUUGUGCCUUGUCACCUGAGGAUGUGCCAGGAUUCACGUGACCACAGAACAGAAACAUUCUCUCCCCCGAAGUUCACGUCUCCGCAGACGAAGUCCGCUGUGUAACUCCUUAGAGCAACUCUUUUUGGAAAGCAAAGUCCCUAUUUCUGUACAGUUUUAGGUUAGAUGUUUCAUUUAUAACAAAUGCAAAAAUCAGUUAAGAUGAAAGUGAUAUGUGAAGAAAUCUUUUACAGUAAAAUAUAUCCUGAAUUCAGAGAGGUUUGUUCAUAAUUGAGUCUCUUCUCGAGCUACCUUUUCAACUACAUAGACAAUGUGAAGACAGUGACAGCGUCCUUUUCUCUAGGUGUCUAACCUGUUAUUACAAACUGUGAAAGCAAAGAAUUUUAUACUUUUACUGAUGUUUGUGGUUUUAAACAGUUAUUUUCAUUCUAAUCAGUUCUCUCCCCUCUCAUUUCUACUAAAGCUGUAAAUACAUUUAGAAAUUAUAUUUGUAAAUACAGUAUAUGAAGCCGAGUUAAUUUGGGGGUCCAUGGAAAGCCUCCCAGUUGGCUUUGCCUUGGCAGUUUUUUUUUUUUGUUUGUUCGGUUUUUUUGUUUUGUUUUGUUUUGUUUUGAAAUAAACAGAAAGGAUACUGUCAGUUCACUGUUAAGCAGAAUAUACUGUAGAACGAAAUUGGUAAUUUCUGAAUCUUCCAGAGCAUGAGUAGAUGUCUUUUCUGAUGAUAGCAGUUAAAACCAAGUCUUUGUUUUUCCCUUAGCCCAGACCAUAGGCCUGCAUAUUUUUGUGUGUGGUUUUGUUUUUACUUUUGUUUUUGCAGCCUAGAUUCUAGGAAGAAUUUGCAGGAACACAAAACAAGGGCUGGGGGCGGGGCGGGGCGGCGAAAAUCAUCUAUGUGAAUGAGCUUUACUUUAAAGAAUAAUCCAUGUAUUUUAUUUUAACAAUGUUUUCCAUUAGUUACUGUGAUUUUGUUGUUGUCGUUGUCAUCGUUAUUGUUGAAUUCUGUAAUGGUUUCCUGUGAAGCCUCCACUGAAAGGGACUCAAAUAUGCAACACCUAAACUAUUUUCCAAGGGCACAUGCCCCUUGAAUGGUGCUUCUAGACUGGUCAGGGUUAUUUAUUAAAUUUUAUAUAUGAAAGUAUUGGGGAAUUAUGUAAAUUCUUUAUAUGAAACUAUCUAGUUCAUAAAUCAUAGAUUUCAUAUUACUCAGUGCAACUGAACUGAAAGUUCAGAAGAGUCAUUCAUAUUGUUCCAAGUUUGUAAUGGUUGUCACAUGUCACAUCUGUCUUUUCAGUAAGUGCCAGAGUGUUUUCCACUGUUUCUGCCCAGUGCUUGGCUUCCCGGCCCUGAAGAGAACCCCGUUCCCUCUGGUUCCCCUCUGGGUCUGGCACAGACAGGGCCGUUGUAGUUCUCGAUCAAGUCCUGGAGGAAGCCUUGCAGCAGAUUCAGUAACCAGACCUCUUGCUUCCCCUCAGUGACAAGUAUGCUGUGAAUUCAACCUUUGGACUUGCUGCCCAAGCCUUUGGUUGCUGCCCUGACUAUAGUAAGAGGUAAACUUAACCUGGUUUAUCCGAGAAUGACCAUUUUCCUAAUGUGAAAACCAUCUCUCUCACCACUUUUAUUAGUAGGGCUAACAUUUUUUUCCGUUAUAAAUGGUUGAGCAAUUUGAAUGACUUAACACAGUGUCAUUAUCUUGCAAUAUAAACUGGUAACCUCACGACUCCACACUUCAUCACCACAUGAAGUAAAUGAAGCUAGCUAAGCGGAUGCUGUAUCAACUAGUAACUUGCCAUUAAGGAUUAUUUUAUAGCAUGAAUUUUAAGACUAUUUAUUCAAAUGAUAUUUUACUCUUGUAUUCAUUUUGUUUUAGAUUUGUGACAUGAAUAUUUCAGUGCUGCUUAAUUUUGUUCUGAAUUCUUGUUUCUUGCUUGUAAAUGGCUUUUUUAUGGUAUAAAGUCAAUGGAAAUUGCUGUUUGUAAAUAAAAAUGCUGCUAGAGCAAA